ACCUCUUUAGACACAGAUCCUUUGCCUCCAGAGUUUAAACUGUUGUCUUCCUUUGCUCGUAGUUUUUAAGAUUCUGUCUUCAGCUUAACUCGUUGGUCCCUUGGAUCCCACCAUAGCAAGGCUGGUCCUUUUUCUAGAAUAUUGGGUUGGGUACAAUAUAAGAACAGCAGCUGUGGAUAAUUUGGUGAAACAUUAGAAGGAAGACAAGAUGCCUUGGUUGAGUGUCUUGAUUGAUGUGUUUCGUAAAGUUGUGCGCUGGAAUUUAUACUGCAGAGUUAUUUUGUAAAGUUUACGUCUUUCACUUUACCUUAGUUUUUUUAUCAGCUUGCUGUUCUUUGCUCAGCCAUCCAUGGGAUCUACCCACUUUUUUAUCUUUUUCCGUGAUCAAUAUAGGAUUAGUUAGAAUAAAUACUACUCAUAAUUCAAGCUCCUUCUGCUGGUUUCUUGAUUUCAUACCAUUUCUUAAGUCAAGUUAGAUCAGUUCUUGGUCUUGUGGCUGGGUGGAUUCCGUUUGCUUUAUUAUUUGGGAAUUUGUUUCUGUUCACAUCUUAAAUUGAUAGUAAUCCAAGGGAAGAAAGUAGUUAUGGUGUGCCAAGCAGCAAGUCAAACGAGAUUUCGAGCAUUAAAAUAUGAAAACGGGAUUGCUGGAAAAUCAACAAUUGUAGUUAGAGUAAUUGCAUGCUUUCAACCAAUGGAGGAUUGCCAGGCUGAGUACUUUCGUCAUUUGCUUAAACCUGUCACGUAGAUCGAUUUCAUAUGUGUGUUAUAUCAUCUAGCGGGAAUUUUUAGUUUUUCUUUUCAAACUUUUGUUUGUCAAAGAAGCGUUAAAGAAUUGAAAAUACAAGAUUGAGCAUUGUUCA